CAUCUGUCAUUCUGGUGAAACGGAGAAACAAACGGUGUAUAUUUGAUUUAAUAAAUAGUUUUCUUGUAAUUUAUCAAUCAUUUAUUUAAUGAUCGUUAAAACCAAACAAUAGUUAAUAAAACAAUUGGAUUUCGCAAUUCUUACGAUGCCAACGCAAUUCGUCGACGGGAAUGCCAACGAAAUCCGGGCCAAAAUCGCCUACAACGGCGAAGUGCUGGUAACCUACAUAGACCAGACCAUAACGUUGGAGGAACUGUGCCAGGAAAUGAGGGAAAUAUGCAGGUUUCCCUUCGAGCAGGUCUUCACGAUGAAAUGGGUCGACGAGGAGGGCGACCCGUGCACCAUAUCCUCUCAAAUGGAACUGGAUGAGGCCGUUCGUUUGUACGAAGUUAACAGGGACUCCGAGCUGACCAUACACGGUAAUCUCAUCAUCGCAAUUCUUAGUAAAAUUGAUGCUUCUCACAGCUGA